GGAGUGUAACGCGCGUAACGACGAACCUCGACGGGUCAAAUGGCGCGUUCGGCGGCAGCCUCGUGCAGUUGACAUGGUGGUCUCGCUGCGGUAACAGUGUAGCGUGGGGAAGGGACAUCAUCACUCAGAACUCUCAACUCUUUUAGAACUUAAGUGAUAACUGGAGGAAUCAUCAAAAAAAUUGUACUCAGUGUGGAAUUCCGGAAGCAAGGACUCGGCAGUGUUCUGGCAUAAGACGGACUCGGCAGAGGGAACGUCUGCCGCUGAUUUCACGGACGUCCAUGUAGCGAGCCUGCUAACAUGGUAUCCUUUCCUUGACAGAGUUGAAAGAUGCGCCAUCAGAUACGAAUUCCCAUCAUGAUGCAAGCUAUGGCCAUAGUCUCCGCCCUCCAUAUCAUCUCCGAAGGCGUGUUCCCUGCGGCCGAGGGUACGGGCGAGCCCUAUGGUAUCAACCGGAAGGUGGUGGAGGGCGCAGCGCGGGCAGGGGCGUCCGUUGGCAACCCUGCACCUUCGCCACGUCAGUUGGACGGAGUACCUGUGCCUGCUCUUAACCAGGUGGUGGCUGGGGACCCCCCGGGGGGAGAGGUGGCCGACGUCUUUGAGGCCCCGGGGGAAGGUAACGGCACCGCGCGCGCCCUUGGCCCUGGUAGCGCCGAGGGGCCGCCCGGUGACCCCGCGGGCGCUCACUUGAGGGGAACCGGGGUCGAGGGGUCUGCGUCCAUCCCCGAGUGCAACAAGGGCCAGGGCCAGCUGCGCUUCGAGAAGAUCACUGGCACGGCGCUGGCGCGGAGCCCCUUGGAUAAGGAUGUGAUCCGUGACACCAAAAUCCCCGCCGCUGUUGCCGCCGUCUGCGCAGCGCGAUGCCUGAAGGAGAAGACGGCUCAGCAGCAACUCAGCAACGUCUGCACGGCCUUCGACUUCAUCCCCGGCAUCAGCAUAGACUACUACAACUCGAAGAACAUUACCUUUCAGGAGAGCAAGUGCUUCCUGACGCGCCAGGCCGACCCGAACGUCCAGCCCAGAUACGAGGACCGUCGCGGCACGUCGCAUUUCCGCGAGGUCUGCUACUCCGCCUCUACGGUGAGGAGCGAGUGUCCGACGCGAAUGUACGUGAUGGAGCGAGUGAGGAACCACCACUUCGUGCCCGACAACACAGGCCGCGACUUCAAGUUCCACACGAGCGAGGAGUGCCAAAACAGCUGCCUCAACCAGUACGCAGACGAGAACCAGGCCAGCACCUUCGUCUGCCGCUCAGCCACCUACGACAAGACGACCGGAGACUGCUUCCACUCGCAGUAUACACGGCGUACCCACACGGAAAAAUUUUUGCCCAACACCAACUUCGAUUAUUACGAAAAUACCUGCCUUUCAGCCGACCGCCGUUGCCCCAAGAACAAGCUCACCUUCAUGAUGGAGAAGAACAAGGAGCUUCGCGGCGCACACAUCACGGAGGUCCACUUCGGCGUGUCGGAGCAGGAGUGCAAGGAGAAAUGCCUGGACAGCGUCUACAUAUUCUGCCGAAGGUUGGAGUACACGGAAGAGAGCAAAAAGUGCGUGAUCAUUGACGAGGACUCCGUCAGUCAAGAUUACGCGCUCACGGACACUAAUUCGAACGCUACCUAUUACGAACUCUUCUGCAUCGACGGAGCUAAAGUCAAAGGCGAUUACCUCUUCGAUAGCAAGGAAGACGUGACGGAGCAGCUCAACGAAAGGAGGUACACGGAGGUGCGCACGGCCUUCCAGCUCUACCGCAACAGGCGGCUUCAGCUCAAGCCCGGCUUCCGUGGCACUCGAACCCGCGAGGUCAACCGCGUGACCCUCGCCGAGUGCCUGGACGAGUGCCUGGAGGAGAGGUCCUUCACCUGCCGCUCUGUCUCCUACUCGGACCGCUACCAGAGCUGCGAGCUCUCCGAGUACGACAAGCUCAGCGGGAACCUCGAGUACGACAACGACUUCCACUACUUUGAGAACCUCAUGGAGAACCUGGUUCUGAACCAAGACACGGCAGGCUCGGAUGACACGCCCGUGUCCGUGGUCGGCUCCCGGACCGGCGUGGGCGGGGAGGAGCAGCCGGGGCGUCAGGGCGCCGGUGACCUGCCCGACCAGGGGCCCGGCGGCGCAGGCCAAAGCGGGCCCCUCCGACCGGGCUCCGCUGGCAGGUUCAGUGGCGACGAAGCCACAAGGGUCACAGGGAGCAGCACCUCCUUCAGUGGCAGCAGCUUCGGAGGCACCGGCGGGAGGGUCGGCGGGAACGGCUUCGAGAGUUCCGAGGGCAGAGUCAUCAGCGCCACCAACGGAUUCGGAGGCGUCGGGAGCAGAGUCGGCAGCAGCGCCAGCGGAGACGCUGACGGAGACAGGUUCAGGCCUCGGCCCGGACUCUUCCGCCCAAUCAACACGGACUUUCGGGACCGCAACACUGCCUUCAACUUCGGCGGCGCCGUCGGCAGCGGGUCUUCAAGCAGCUUCGGCGGCAGGCCCUCAAGUAGCACCAACAGUGGAUCGAGUGCCUUCGGUGGCAGACCAUCAAGCAGCAGUGGCAGUGGUUCCUCCAGUGCCUUCGGCGGGAGCAGUUCCUCCAGUGCCUUCAGCGGAAGCAGCUCCUCCAGUGCCUUCGGCGGGAGUAGCUCCUCCAGUGCCUUCGGCGGUGGCAGGCCUUCAGCCAGUGCUGGCAGUGGAUCUUCUAGUGCCUUCGGAAGCAGCGGUUCGUCAAGUGCCUUCGGUGGAAGCAGUUCCUCCAGUGCCUUCGGCAGCAGACCCUCCAGCACCAGCGGCAGUGAGUCGUCGAGUGCCUUCGGCGGGAGGCCCUUCGGCAGCGGCACCUCGAGCAGCUUCAGCGGGAGCGGCGCCACGAGCGCGUUCGGCGGCAGACCCUCGACUGGCUUCGACAACGGGCGGCAGACGGCGACCGGGGCAGCCGGAGGCAGCGUGGACGGCCUCGCCGUCGCGGCCGCCCUCGGGCCCAACGCAGACGGAAGCAACCUGGGGGGGCCCUCAUCUUCAGGAGGAGGACACUAUGGUGGCGGAUACUCGGGUUCGGGAUCCUCACGUUGUUUCGAGGUCAUAGGAACGCGCCAGCGACUACGAAGGACCUACAUAAGAGACUAUCUGACGGUCAGCAGUGUGGACGAAUGUAAGCGGAGGUGUGAGCAAACACACUCCUACUACUGCAAGAGUUUCAACUUCAGAUACGCCACCUCCUGGGACAAUUGCGAACUCUCCGACGAGGACACGAUAGGCUAUCUGUCCCUGAACAACCCGUCACACUUCGAGAGCGACAGCACCUCUGAUUACUACGAACGCACGUCCAACUGUGGCUCGGACUAUGGCAAGACUCCGGACGGCCUGGACGUUCAGCAAGUGUGCUCGCCCGACGGGAUGGAGUUCACCCUCAGGACCGAGGAGCCCUUCCGCGGCCGCAUCUACACCUACGGCUACUACGACCGCUGCUUCGCCCGCGGCUCCGGCUCCAGCAUCACUGUUCUCAAGAUCUCCGGCCCCAGGGGCUUCCCCGACUGCGGCACCACCAGGUUUGGAGAGACCACGACCAACAUCGUGGUGGUUCAGUUCUCGGACAACGUCCAGACGUCUCUCGACAAGCGGUACAACCUCACCUGCACCGUCGUCGGCCCCAGCGAGUCGGUGGUGACCUCGGGUUACAUCGGCGCAGGGUCUGGCGCCCCCACGCCCAUCGAGUACCUUCCGGCCGAGAACCAGCUGCAGUCCCGAGUCAAGCUACAGAUCCUGUACGGCGGGCGGCCCACCACUACGAUCGCCGUCGGGGACCCGCUCACGUUCCGCCUUGAGUCCCAGCGCGGCUUCAACCUCGUGUCGGACAUCUUCGCCACCAACGUCGUGGCCAAAGACCCCUACUCGGGCCGCACCGUCAACCUCAUCGACAGCCGAGGAUGCCCCGUCGACAACUACGUGUUCCCGUCCCUGGGCAAGGCGCGUGACGGGGACGGGCUCGAGGCAAGGUUCAACGCUUUCAAGAUCCCGGAGUCGAACUUCCUGAUCUUCGAAGCCACCGUCAAGAACUGCCGCGGAGGAUGCGUGCCGGCUCGCUGCACCUACGGUAACGGGCGUGAGGAGACGGAGUCUUACGGCCGAAGGCGUCGAGACGCUGGCGAUGACCCCACGGCGCUGGCGCUGACCGACGGCGUGGAGGACGAGGAUGAGGAGGACCCUGACGAGGAGGAGCAGGUCCAUGGCAUCUACGAGGUUUACCUCUCUCGCGACGAGAUCGACGACUCCCCGUGUCUUCGACAGUGUGUCUGCGUCGUCCGACCUAAAAUGAAUAGGCGUGAAGCGCUGAUCUUUACCAAGAGGUUUUGUCAACCUUGUAUAGUCCCCUCUUGCCCUUGCAGAAAGCACCGCCAGCUGGACAGCAAAAACGCCGCCGCCGACGCGGGGAACCCCUACCACAGCCAGCCUCAGCAGAAGAGCAAAUUCAGCUUCCCCGGCAGCCACGCCCGCACCCUCACGCAGCCCGCCAGGCAGGUCUACUUCCCCGCCAGCGAAGCCACUGCCUCGGCUCCUCAGGGCGAGGACGGCGCAGCGACGUCGUCCAGGUACCCUGACCCCUCCGAGCCCAUCUACACCGAUCCGUCCCUCUUCGAACGGUCGAGGUCCCUCCGGUCUAUCGCCCUUUCGGAGAUGCCAACUCGCCGACGUCAUGCUGAUGGCGAGGAGUAGGGAGUGUUGACAGCCGGAUGAGGUGCUGCUGACGGCUGACGAAGAGAUUAUGAAGAGGUUUUCAUGAGAUGUGAUGGCGAGAAUGAACAUACGAAGAUGCAGCACCGGAUUCCGAAAGGCUCGUAGAACAGAAGAACGAGAGGGUGAUGAUGGAGAACGUAAGUCAAAAAAGACAUGUAAGAAGAAACCGAAUCCAACGUACACGACUGAAUGUCGACGGGAGGAAGUCGAUGAUGUCAAAGAAUCAGUGUCAUAAACUUUCACUUUCUGUAUAAACAAAUGUAAGAAACUACGAGGCGAAUCCAACGUCUCGAGAAGCGAGCGGCUCGUUCCUGCCGCGCGGGCACCUAGUCCAGACAAGUGUACGUGAAGCACCCCGGUCCCAGGCAGAGCCGUCCUGCCGUCCAUUUUUCACUUCCGUCUUCCGGAAAGAAAGAAAAAUGAAUCGCAGGCAUCCGGCAGCAAGGGUCCAAAGUGCGCCUCCGUUUAAUCGGUAUCCACUUUUCUUUUCUUUUCUUUUUUUAGUUUGUUUACUGAAUUUAAAAAGCGGAUGAGACAAAUGCCACAAACAUCAUUCCGUAGAUAUAGUAUUAUGUAACUUUAAGUCCAAAAGCCAAAGAUGAAGUACCGCUGGUUCCUUAGGCUGCGUCCGAAUCGCAAGAUGACCUUCCCCACAGAGCCAACAUCUAGAUACAUUACUGCAGCAAUUCGGACACCCCCUGACGUCACCAGCGUCCUUCGGCGUCGAUGUCAUCAAACUGCGACUUGCAUUUCGCCCAAUUACUCCCAGUUCAGAGACUCUUGUUUUAUUGUGUGUUUGUUUAGAGGUUAAUCUUGCUCUUUUUCUCAGCGCGAAUGUCUCCGUUGACGAGACCGCUUCGACUGUGAAGUGGAGGUACUGUUGUGACGACGUCGAUUUUAGGAUUAAGGACGAGUGUUCUGGAGCUUUAUAAAUCUCACGCUUUAU